AUCCAGGUUCAAGGUCUGACUCUGGGUUACUGAGCUGGACAGAAGGACACUUAGCUGGUGUUUAUACAGGAUCUGGUUUGUGCACCUUUACCUCCCCACAGCAGGGGCUGGGAGGAGCCCUAUUAGAUCUCCUUUCUGCAGAGACUCAAGCUGUGGACACAUUACCCAUAGGUUCUCCAGUCUGGCUUGGAGUGAGGAUAGGGAUGAUGAGGGGCAGGGGUGUAUGGGGGCAAAGUGUGAGCUUCAGUUUGCUCUGUGGUGGGUCCUGAGCGCCUGCAGCCUUGUUCUGCAGAAGUGCUCAGUACAUCUUUGAUGAUGAGUGAGGGAGUAGAUGAGCCAGUCUCAGGGAGUGUGUGGCUAAGGUCUUUUCUGGAGGCAGCAGGAUUCAUCUACCACCUCUGCCACCCCUCAAGUAUGGUGGGCCAGAUAAACCCCACCCAGAACUGCUCCUGAUAGCAGCUCCAAUGACUUGGUGGUGGAUAGCUCAGGCUACAGACCCCAAUCAGGGGAGCCUUAGGGUCUGGCUGAAGUCUGUCAGGAUUUGGUCUUAGGGAGCAGAGAGCUAGAUGUGGCCCAGCUGGAGAUGGAUGGAGAAUGGCUAGAUCCAGAUAGGGGGACAGAUGGAACAGGACAGUUAGGCUGCAGAACUGGCUGUUGGGGUCAGUGGGAGGCCACAGGUCAGCAAAGCAGAAGGUUUUGUGGGCCAGUGUGUGUGGGAGAAUGGAAGCGUAAAAGGAAGUCUUUGGGGUGGCUUUUUGUAUUUCUAAUGAUUGAGACAAAAGAUGUCUGAAACUGCAGAUUCUGGACAGACUACUUGUGCUUGACCAGCCGAGACUGGAACUUGACCUCAUCUUGGGCCUGCUUGGCCGGCCCCUGAAGAGCAGACUCAGCAGGGGAGAUUGCUGAUCCUGGGAAGGGGAGAAAGCAGGGUGGCCGGCUUUAGGAGGCUUACUCUGGAACCUUCUGAGGAGUUGGCACUGUUCUGUUGAUUUGAACAGGUUCCUGGGCCUCUCUCAUUUCUGUCACAGGUCUGAGCUAGACACCAAGGCCGCCACGGUUUAGCAGUGCCCUCCCCCACCCUGAGUUACUUUGCUUCGUGAGAGGCCAGGAUGAUAUCCUGGCAGUUAGUGGCCACCCACACUGAGGCACUCAGAGCCAUAUAAGCCGUUUCCUGGUGGGAGAUGGCACAUCCAGGCCUACCGCGUGGUGUGCCUGGGCCUCUGGGAGAAUGAAGGUGGUACUUCUGACUGCUGCUCUUCCUGCUUUGGUCUCUCUGCCCUGGGUCCAGGCAGUGUGGCUGGGAAGGCUGGAUCCUAAGCAGCUCACUGGGCCCUGGUACAUCCUGGCUGUGGCCUCCCGUGCGAAGGACUUCAUGGAGAAGGACAUGAAGAAUGUGGAAGGCGUUCUGGUGACUCUUACUCCAGACAACAAGUUGAGAAUUCAGUCCUCUAGGCAUGGGCCAGAUGGGUGUCGUCAGAGCACUGUGGAGCUGCUGAAGCGAGAUUCCCGAUGGGCGUUUGAGAACCCCUCUCUUGGUGUACUGGAUUAUCGGGUACUGGGCACGAACUUCAAGGACUACGCUGUCAUCUUCACACAGCUGGAAUUUGGGGACGAGGCCUUCAACACAGUGGAGUUGUACAGUCGGACAGAGACGGCCAGCCGCGAGGCCAUGCAGCUCUUCACCAAAUGGAGCCAGGGUCUGGGCUUCCUGUCCCAUCAGCAGGCCCAGCUGCAGAAGGACUUCACGUGUGCACACAAGAUCCUCCAGUGAGUGCCACACCCCGGAGAAAGCACCACAGCAUCCUGGCAUCCUGGUGGAGGUGGGCAGGCACUGUCUCUGCUCAGUGGCUGGUUGGUUCUCUGCUCUCCUAAGCUCAGGCUUGGGUUGAAAAUAAAGUGAUUUCACAAGUAAA